ACGGCGGCGACAGGAGCUCCGGAAUCGGCAGGGACUUGUAGCCUAUCCCACCGCUAUUCUCUCUCAGUGCGAAGAAAAAAACACUAACAGAGAGUAGAAAAAUAUCAGCGGUUUCCCCCAACGAAAGUGCCUCUGGAAACUCCGAUGGAUUAGUCUGAUUCGUCUGCGAAAGUAGAGAAUGGGCUGUGUCCAAUGUAAGGAUAAAGAAGCAGCAAAACUCACUGAUGACCGGGAGACCAGCCUCUCACACAACUCGGGGUACCGCUAUGGGUCCGACCCCACGCCGCAGCACUACCCCAGCUUCGGGGUCACCACCAUCCCCAACUACAACAACUUCCACACCGGCGCCACACAGGGGGUGACCGUGUUUGGAGGAGUCCACACGUCCUCGCAGUCUGGGACGCUUCGGUCACGGGGCGGAACAGGGGUGACUCUGUUUGUGGCUCUUUAUGACUAUGAAGCCAGGACAGAGGAUGACCUCAGCUUCAGAAAGGGGGAGAGGUUCCAGAUCCUCAACAGCACCGAGGGAGACUGGUGGGAGGCUCGUUCUCUCACUACAGGUGGAACAGGUUACAUUCCCAGCAAUUAUGUUGCUCCAGUGGACUCAAUCCAAGCUGAGGACUGGUAUUUUGGUAAAUUAGGUCGAAAGGAUGCAGAGAGACAACUUCUCUCCAAUGGCAACGCCAGGGGCACUUUCCUCAUCCGUGAGAGCGAAACAACCAAAGGGGCCUACUCUCUCUCCAUCCAAGACUGGGAUGACGUCAAGGGAGACCAUGUCAAACACUAUAAGAUUCGCAAGCUGGACAGUGGAGGCUACUACAUCACCACCAGGGCCCAGUUUGAGACACUCCAGCAGCUAGUGCAGCACUACUCUGCCAGGGCUGCAGGGCUGUGCUGCCGACUGAUUGUGCCGUGCCACAAAGGCAUGCCUCGUCUGACUGACCUGUCCGUCAAAACCAAAGACGUGUGGGAGAUCCCGCGGGAGUCGCUGCAACUCAUCAAACGUCUUGGCAACGGCCAGUUUGGAGAGGUCUGGAUGGGCACGUGGAAUGGCACCACUAAGGUGGCGGUCAAGACUCUAAAGCCCGGGACCAUGUCGCCCGAAUCCUUCCUGGAGGAGGCUCAGAUCAUGAAAAAGCUCCGACACGACAAGCUGGUGCAGCUCUACGCUGUGGUGUCUGAAGAACCCAUCUAUAUCGUCACUGAGUACAUGUGCAAAGGGAGUUUGCUUGAAUUCCUUAAAGAUGGAGAAGGACGAGGCCUCAAACUGCCAAAUCUGGUGGACAUGGCUGCUCAGGUGGCAGCCGGCAUGGCAUAUAUUGAGAGGAUGAACUACAUCCACCGAGACCUGCGCUCUGCCAACAUCUUAGUCGGAGAAAGUCUGGUGUGUAAGAUCGCCGACUUUGGUCUGGCCAGGCUUAUCGAGGACAAUGAAUACACAGCAAGACAAGGUGCAAAGUUUCCAAUUAAGUGGACUGCUCCCGAGGCUGCUCUCUACGGGAAAUUCACCAUCAAGUCAGAUGUGUGGUCUUUUGGCAUCCUGCUGACAGAGCUAGUGACCAAGGGCAGAGUGCCCUAUCCAGGCAUGAACAACCGCGAGGUCCUGGAGCAGGUAGAGCGAGGCUACCGGAUGCCGUGCCCUCAGGACUGUCCCACGUCCCUGCAUGAGCUGAUGGUGCAGUGCUGGAAGAAAGACCCAGAGGAGAGGCCCACCUUCGAGUACCUGCAGGCCUUUUUGGAGGACUACUUCACUGCCACUGAGCCUCAGUACCAGCCGGGGGAUAAUCUUUGAGCACCGCUGCCCUUCAUCUCAUGUCAUUUCACUGGCUUUUCCACCAGAGGGAGCCAGACCACCAAUUCUCUCACUCAUCCUGUGGCUGUAAUGAUCUUAAAAGCUCAUCGACGGACUUCUUGACUUCCGUGUUUCAUACAAACGGGGACAGAUGCUGCUCUGAUAGCAUACUGACUAUCAAAUCAAAGGAUGUAUUGGAGGUGGGAGGGGGCACUGAUGACUGAAGAGUUAAAAGUGACUGCCAUGGACGAAUGAGAUGACUUGUGCUGUGUAACUUGUAUUUAGUGUAAAUAUAAAUUGCUUGUUUACUUAUCUCUCCUUUUUUUGUUUCAUUUUAUAUUACUUUUGAUAUUUUGGAAAUGUGUGGAUUUUUUUUUUAAUCCAAGGUCAAAGUUAUUUCAGAUUUGCAGCUUGUAGAAAAGCUUGUGAGCCUCACAGUUGGAAAGAGAUCAUGACAUUGACAAUUGUAGGAAUGGUAGUAGUUAGACACCGUGGACCGAAGUAUCUCAGAACGUUUUUCUGGAAGUCCACUGACCUUUUUUUACAAGGUUAAUAUAAUAAUACUGCUCUUCUCUUCUCAAGGAACUUAGAUGUAUGAUAACACCUGUUCUUGCCUUUUCAUGUUUAGUAAUAUUCUUAAAAUGUAAGGGAAUGCCUUCAUGCUUUUUAACACUAACUUAGUGCAUCAUGGACUCUUCCACCCAUACUUGUAUGCUGUCUGCAUUAACAUUACGUGCAUUCAUUGCAUUUCAGCUUCAGCCAAUUAUUUAGAGAUUGGCUUAAAGUAACUUUUAGUUCAGCUUCUUGUAGUUGAAAAAGGAGGCUGAUUUCUUCUCCGACUGCAACUGUUGUUCAGCUGACUGCUUAUUAUACUGGCAAUAUUUUAAAAUGUAUGUUGCAUUAUUGUAUGGCAGCAGGCUGUUCUGCAUUGUCUUUUCGCUUCAGCAGCCAAACAGACAAACUCACAUGACAGGAAUGAAGGACCUGUGUACCUGUGUUUGUCCCUUUAUAAUGUGUACCUCGAAAUAACAUGUUGUUUAUGAGACCAAACAUGUUUAUUUCAUUGUUUUAUUUUGCUCAACAUUUCAGCAGGUGCAAGCUGACUCCUAAACUCUUGGUUCACUUGUGCAACUCCACAUAGGCUUGCCAGUUUUGUAUGUUGUCAAGAUAGCAUAAUUAUGUGAGUUUUCCAGGGAAAUCUGUAGUGUCAGACUUCUCUCUAUGGACGAGAAGGUGAGCUCCAGGACAAUACACCAUUUCUGUAUGUAUUUAAGUUGCUUUUCAUGGGUGGAAAUGUGAGCAAAAACUAGGUUUUGUAUCACUUUUUGACCCUAAUUCUGUAGAUAUACAGAAAAUGUUUUUGGUCUCUGCAUUAUUUAUUGUCUCUGUCUGUUACUUGUACACAACUGGUUUUCAAAUAAACAAUCUUGCCAUCGUCCUGUGGUCUUAA